AGAUUUCUGCAUGGUGGAAUCAAAAGGAAAACAACCAAUAACGACAACAUUAGCCUCCAUGCUUCGAGCUUUGCCGCCGGUGUAGCAGACCAGCCUCCACCCCUCUGUCAUUUUAUUUGUAUGUCUUUCAGCGUCACAUCCCCCUGGCUGGAGGAAUGUAGAGACGGAGGGAUUUAAAAAUAGCAUCCUCUCCUCUGACACUCUGCUCCGGGGGCUCCGCCGCACUGUGGUGCGAGAAGCAGGAAUGCGAAGAUGGCUGCAGACCUCGGAGAGCUGCUGGUCCCAUACAUGCCCACCAUCAGAGUGCCCAGGACCGGGGACAGGGUUUUCAAGAGCGAGUGCGCCUUCUCCUUCGACUCUCCCGAGUCAGAGGGAGGCCUGUAUGUGUGUAUGAACACAUUCCUCGGCUUUGGACGAGAGCAUGUGGAGAGACAUUAUCGCAAAACAGGACAGAGCGUUUACAUGCACCUCAAACGACACGUCAAAGAGAGAAAUACAGGAGCUGCAGGAGGCGCCAUCCCCAGACGAAAGAAUGGAAAAGUGUUUCUAGAUUUAGAGCUAAACCGUGAAUUUAACGGAGAAGACUUUGAAUAUGAAGACGAGGCCAAACUUGUCAUUUUUCCAGACCACUUCGAGAUCCCCUUACCAAAUAUUGAGGAGUUGCCCGCUCUGGUCACCAUCGCCUGCGACGCAGUGCUCAAUGCACCAUCGGCUUACAAGAAGCAGGAGCCUGAAUCCUGGGAUGAGGAGAUCCAGGAGUCCAGACAUGCCAGGAGCCUCAGACAGCUGGACAAUGGGGUCAGGAUUCCACCCGGCGGCUCGAAGUGUCAGAAGUGUGAGAUGAGGGAGAACCUGUGGUUGAACCUGACAGAUGGAACAGUACUCUGUGGGAAGUGGUUCUUUGAUGGGAGCGGGGGAAACGGUCAUGCUCUGGAGCACUACAAAGAGACCAAACACCCGCUAGCUGUCAAAAUGGACACCAUCACACCAGAUGGAGCAGAUGUGUACUCGUUUGAGGAGGAGGAAGCUGUUUUGGACCCCCACAUAUCAGACCACUUGUCACACUUUGGAAUAGACAUACUACAGAUGCAGACAAAAACAGAGAACGGUCACCACACAGAGAAUAACUCCCGGCCGCGGGUCAGUGAAUGGGAGGUGAUCCAGGAGUCGGGCAUGAAGCUGAAGGCGGUGUUUGGGUCUGGCUACACUGGCAUCAAAAACCUGGGCAACAGCUGCUACGUCGGCACGGUGAUCCAGGUCCUGUUCAGCAUCCCAGACUUCCAGAGGAUGUAUGUGGGUAAUCUCCAGAGGAUAUUUGACUAUUCACCCCUCGACCCCAGCCAGGACUUCGCCACACAAAUGGCUAAGCUGGGACAUGGACUGCUCUCAGGCCUGUACUCCAAACCACCAAUGAAAUCCGAGCUCAUUGAACAGGUGAUGAAAGAAGAAUACAAGCACCAGCAGAAGGGCGUCUCCCCCCGGAUGAUGAAGUCUCUAAUCAGCAGGGGACACCCAGAGUUUUCCUCUACGAGACAACAAGACGCCCAGGAGUUCCUCCUGCAUGUCAUCAGCAUGGUGGAGAGGAACAGCGCAGGCUCGGAGAAUCCAAGCGACGCCUUCCGCUUCCUGGUGGAGGAGCGAAUCCAGUGCUGCCAGUCUCGUCGGGUCCGUUACAAUCAGCGGGUCGACUACUGCAUCCAGCUGCCAGCUCCCUUUGAGGCGGCCACCAAUCGAGAGGAGCUGCUGGCAUACGGGGCCAAGCGAAUGGAAGCAGAGGAGAACAUGCGGGCUCCUCCUGAGCCGGUUCGAGCCCGGAUCCCCUUCACCGCCUGCCUGCAGGCCUUCACAGAGCCAGACAACGUCCCCGACUUCUGGAGCUCAGCGCUGCAGGCCAAGUCAGCUGGAGUCAAAACUUCCCGUUUUGCCACCUUCCCUGAGUAUCUGAUUUUGCAGAUUAAGAAAUUCACAUUUGGGGUUGACUGGGUGCCGAAGAAAAUAGAUGUGGCCAUUGAUGUCCCAGACUUUCUGGAUUUGAGUCGGAUGCGAGCCACCGGGCUGCAGGCCGGUGAACAGGAGCUGCCUGACCUCCUGCCUCCCAUCGUGCUAGCUGAAGACACCAGAAAUAACUCCAUGGGCUCUGCAGACUCUCCAGAAAUAGACGAGGCGGCAGCAAUGCAGCUGGCAGAGAUGGGCUUCCCGGUGGAGGCGUGCAGGAAGGCGGUCUACUACACGGGCAACAUGGGCCCCGAGAUGGCCUUCAACUGGAUCAUAGCCCACAUGGAGGAGCCUGACUUUGCAGAGCCGCUCACUCUGCCCUCCAUGAUAGAUUUCGGUCCCUCCAGCAGCGACAGCCCCUUGGGCGCCCCCCCGCUGGGAAACUCGCCCCCUGAGGAGAGCAUCGCCAUCCUCACCUCGAUGGGCUUCCCCCGCACUCACAGCAUCCAGGCACUCAAAGCCACGAAUAAUAAUCUCGAGCGAGCACUCGACUGGAUCUUCAUCCACCCUGAGGAAGAGGAGAGUGAUGUCCUCUCAGACAUGGCUGACACGGAGCCAAACGACAACGGCUUCUCCAACUCCAACUCACACAGCAACUCCACGAUGUCUCCGGACCGAGAGGCGGCGGGCCCCCGGGUCAAAGACGGACCGGGACGUUAUGAGCUCUUUGCUUUCAUCAGUCACAUGGGAGCGUCCACAAUGUCCGGACAUUAUGUUUGUCACAUCAAGAAGGAAGGAAGGUGGGUGAUCUACAACGACCACAAAGUGUGUUUGUCAGAAAGGCCUCCAAAAGACUUGGGCUACAUCUACUUUUACCAUCGACUGUCAAGCAGUUAAACUAAAGAUACCGUCCCCCCCUAACCCCCUCCACCAUGCAACCUUUUAGAGAACCGCAGUCUUUCCGCCCCGAAGACUGGCAGACAACUUUAAUAACAGCCGCAGUGAAAACGAUGGAAAUAACCUCUCAGACCAGCUGCUCGCCUUACCGUGACGUCGUGCCGGAGCAACCAGGAACCCCGCUCAGAAAGGGAAAGCAAUGUGCUUUUUGUGCAUUUGUGUUUUGUUAUGCUUUAAAUGUAUAUAUUCAGUGUGUAUGUUAAAGAAAAUACAUUUUCUUAACGGUGUAGGAGCAGAGGGAUGUGUGCAAUGUCCACUUCUCUACACAAAAUAAUGUCACAUGUCAAAUACCAUUGUUCCUCCUCUAUGCCUUUAGCUACAGUGCCAGUAUUUUCAAAGUGGUACAUUUUAUAAAUGUAUAUUGAAAUGGCUUCACUGCCAGCCCUGAAAUGCUCUGAAACGGCAACAACAAACAAGAAAUUCUGCUGCUGGUUCUUUGCAUUUUGUAAUGCCUUUCAUCCCUAGGAAAUUGAAAGGACAUUUCAAGAAUUCAUAUCUUUUGGUUGGAUACUGAAAGAAGUUACAAACACAGUGAAUGUUCGUACUGUAGAGCACUGAGAAGGUUGUGCUCAAGUGUCAACUAAACUGUAGCCAUACAGUAUGAGUGGUUAAAUAAUGGCUCAAACCUGUCUCGAGCUCUACUGAGAGAUUACAUGCAAGUUUUUCUAUUUUAAUGAGAAACAUUUAAAGGUAAACUGGCUAAGAACUGAAAGCACUUUUUAAUUAAAACAAGUUAAAUUAGCUAAAAGCAAUUGAAUGUGAUAACUCCAAUUUAAACUUCAGUUCUGCAAUGCUGUCCUUUUUCUAAGAUCUAUAUCAAAUCAAGAGUGAUUGAAACGUCAUUUAUUAGUUUGCCCAAAUUACAAGAAUGUUAGACAACUUUUAAUCUCAGCUGCGCCAGUUUAUUCCGUUAUCACUGACACAAACGUUUAAAUGAAUGUUUUGUUCACCUUUUGCCACUUUUCAAAUGAUUGGCUGAUUCACUUAAUUAUGCAACUACAACCAAAUCUGCUCUUGAAACCACCCAAAGCCGUGCGGUACAGAUGUGCUGCGGUGCCGAAUGUAUGACUCGAUGGGGCUCACUGCAACCAAAACCUCCUGUUCAGCUGAAACUCAACCGUUUGGUCUCUACAAAUAACCUCAUGCUGGAUUAUCUACUGACACGAUGCUCAUCUCAUUUUUAUACUCAGUGCCGGACAAACGUAGUCGAUAUGAUGUGAUUAUUUGCCAAAGGCAGCCUCUGACUGAAUCUGGUUUCAUCUGUUGCAUCUCAAAAAGGCAGUGUUGGUAUUUUGUCUCAUGGGACAAAUCCAGUUUGGUGAGCUUGCAUGCAGUGAAUUAAAUUGAGCAGCCAUCGAAUGCUGUUCAUCCAAUGGCUGCAUUUUGGGUCGAUAUUUUAAAGGGGAGUUCUGCUUUAAAAUAGACUUCUCGAAUGUGACAUUAUUGUGUUGAUGUCUUUUAGAUAUUUCUAUUUUUAAUUGUCAUUAUCUCUCAUAUCCAAGAAGACGGCAAUUAUUUGACAAUGAAAAGACAUUUCCAAAUGUCAUUUUAACUGCAUAUCUCAUGAACAUCGAAAAAGUGGAAAAUAGCUAGGUGAUAUUAUUAUAGUGUUCAAAAUGUCUUUCAACAAUCUAAGUUAAUGCUUUCUAUGACCAGUCAUUGCAGUAUUUCCUUGAUAACUGAUCACUUUCAGAUAACAUUUUAUGAAUAAAUCCAUAUUUUGGCAGUACUUCCCUUUUUAAAAACACAGUGCCUAGAUUGCUCUGGAAUUGAGUUGUAUUCUAUCUCAACCUCUCAUUUUCAUCAGAUAGUUGUAGCAGGGAAUUGUAAUAGUUCUCUCUGCAAGUCUUUUGUUUCUGCCGUUGUUCUUCUAAGAAUUAUUUGUUUUUGUUUUCAAAAAACAAAAUGUGUUGUGUCACACCCUGCUCUGGAAUCCGUGACUCUGCUCUUCAUCAUUGGAUAAUAAUCUUGCUGUAUGAAGUACAGUCACAAAAACGUCUACAGGUAUUCUGUGCAAUUUAUUUUCUUUGUCUUUGUAUUUUUUUAGUUUUUGUUUCAGCUUUCCCUCCAGCUUGGUCUGUUUCCAUUUGUUUUCCUAUGUUGUUAAAACGGUUCCAUUUUUAACAAAAAGGCUUUUUCACUGUCAGCAUGUGCACUAGACGUUGACAUUUAGUCAUUUGGAUUGGACAAUUGUACUUUUGUGGGUUGUAUUCUAAUUUUUUCAUUUAACUAAAUGUCAAAAAAGGUUCCUCAUUUGUUUCACUCUGUUGCCUUUUUGCAAACAAGUUUGUGCCAAUUUUGUAGUUUUCAUUACAUAGAUUUCCUGAUGGGAUUAUUUUAAGUUGACUUUUGUAAUGUAUGCUUUCAUCCAAAUGUGGCUUAGUUGUAUGUGAAUAGAGCCAUCACAGUAUUCUCAGUGGCACUGUUUACCUACGAUGUUUGGAUAAUUUAAUAAACUACACUUUUGUUGAGACUUUGCCUCCGUAACAAUGAUCAAGAAACUCCAAUUCCAGAGUUUUCAUUGAAAAAAUAAAGACACGUGAACAUAGAAUAUAUAACAACAGUUUAUUUUAAAAGUUGACUUUCAUAUUGUAGGUUUCAAAGGUGCUAAUGCUUUCUUGUGAUUAUACCGGGAUAGUAAUAUGCAUUAUAGUAGGUGUUUCAAUAAGUAAUCCAUACUGUAUAUAAAGUAUAUCAUUUCUAUGUGCAUUCAUUAAAAUAUCAUUUGAUUUGAUGCAUCAAGAAAUAAACUAGAACAAACUGCCUUUGUACAUAUGUUGAGUUAAAGGAGUGAGGAAAGACAUUACAGGAAAUGUACUGAUAACCUUUAGAAACCCCAACCAAUGUCCCUGUUAACAUUACAUCAUUUUCUAAAUGCUUUCAAAGCCUAUUUUUCCAGAAGACUGACACAUUUUUACCACACUUAUAAAGCAAAAAGGAAAUGCUUUAUUUAUCUGGAAAAGUGUUCAACAUUGAUGAGUUUCUGCAGGUCUUCAAAAAAUAAAAGGUAAAUAAAAGUAUUAUUUAAUUUGCAAAAGACUUACAUAUUUCCUUCUUUCCUACUGUAGGGAGUUGAAGUAAUACAUCAUUAAUAUUAAUAUUUAUCUUGUUUUAUGUCAUUUGAUUGGCGGUGGCUUCAAGUGAAACAGACACAUAACUGAACAAAAUGUGACCUACUCUCAGUUCUUGUGAAAAUGCGUAAUAAGAUGAGUUUUUGGUCAUACACUGUAUUCAUUAAGGAUUUU